UGGUGUGAAACUGACAACAGCUGAAUCACGCGGAGUGCACAGAGAGAGCAAUAGUCAGGAUCGCUGUUAAUAGACACACGCUGGGACUUUCACUGCUCUCUCUUUCUGCACCGGGUGAGAGGGAUAGGAGAACAUUGUUGUUUAGAAGGAAAAGGAACAGCCCCACAAUGCUCUCACCCUUUCUCCAACAGUGCAGGCAAAGCCAUAUCUUGUUGCUGCACAAAUGCUUUGGGAAAGGAGCCCGCGCCUCUCGGAUCGGAGCAGCUGUCAGGAGGGGAUCCCGGACCGCCAGAGGGAAUCACAGCAUCGGGGAGCCGAGCUGUGCAGUUGGGGAGAGAUGGCAAGACGCCCGCCUCGGUGCAUUAGGAGGGCUGUGCACGAGUGCGAGCAGAGAUGGAAUGACUGGGAAAGGAGCCAGAAGUUUUGAUAACAGAGACGGUAAAAAACUCAGCAAGUCUCAGCAGCUGAAGCAGGUCUUCAAAGAAUACGGAGCUGUGGGUGUUGUAUUUCACACUGGAAUAUCACUGACCUCACUUGGAAUGUUUUAUUUGGCGGUUUCAAGUGGCGUGGAUGUGGCAGCAAUCCUUUACAAGGUUGGAUUUAAUGAAGCCGUCAUGCAGUCCAGAAUGGCAGCUGGUACCAGUACUUUUGUACUGGCAUAUGCUGUUCACAAGGUCUUCGCCCCAGUACGAAUGAGCAUUACUUUAGUUUCUGUGCCAUUAAUAGUGAGGUACUUUCGCAAGAUUGGGCUUUUUAAGGCUUCUCCUUCCAAACCAUAAGGAACUAUUUGAGAAUUGCCUUCAAGAUCACAGUCACAAGGACAUAGACAUGAAGCUUUUCCCCCUUAAAUGAAUGCAGUACCUGAAACUUAUUAGGUAGUGGUCACCUCUAAGCCUCAACUCUGCUAGCUGUUUUAAGUUGGUUGUCAUUACAUACUGACAGUGUCGAUCUCAGCACGGUACAAAAGACCUUUUUGCAUGAAGGCAACUACUGCCUAGAGUUCAGUAGCUGCUGGAGAAGUUCAAUCCCAGCGUUGGGUUCCAUUUACUUCUGUUGCAAAUCUGCUGUUUGAAGUGGCUAUGACUGUCCAAACAGAGGUUGCUGGUUACAGUGCAAUAUAAUUUGGAAAUGUAGUUCAGAAAAAGUAUUUGCAUAAGAGGCAACUGUAAUGAUUAGUCAAAUAGCAAAAUAAGUUGACAAUCUAAUACUUGAAUAAAUGCAGCUGAAUUGUUGACUUUUAGCCCAAGGAGGAAAAGUAACAGAGCUCAUUGAUAAGCAUUGAUAUUAAGGGAAAAAAAGUCACAUUAUAAAACUUACAAACAUAUGCCAGAUACUUGAGUAAACUAUAUUGUUCAAUGCUAGAGUGUCAUGGUUUCUUAUAUAAUGGGGUAUUCUAUCCUAAUUUAAGCUUACUGUAGCUAGAGUCAGCUCAGUUUCCCAAAUAGAGUUAAGAGCAAGUUACAAAAUCAGUCAUGUUAAAUCUGCUGAGGCUUUUCGUGCACUUUUUUCUAAAAAAAAAAUUCCCAUGCUGACAUGCAGCUUAAAAUUGAGUUGCACUUCCCUCAGAAGGUCAAUAUUACUGUAUGACAACUAAUAGUACAGGAAUCUCCCAUCUAAAAUAAUGAAUGAACAGAAUCCAGGAUUGACUGUUCUAAUUUUCCACUCAGUUAACCCAUUUAAAACUUGUGGUACAGUAUUUUUUUCCUUAAGGUAGCUGUUGUGAAGUGCCCUAUGCUAUACUGCCUCUUGUGUAAUUGUAAUGCAGCUAUCUUCCAUCUUCAGGAAAAUUGGAGGAAAGCAACAUUAAAAGGCAAAUCUAAGUUAAACUUAUUUCAAAAAUAAGUUAGUCUCAUUAUCAAGGGCAAAUGCCAAGGGGGGUAACUAAGUGACCAAACUGUUUAAUCACUAAAUACAGCAAUUCUCUGAUAUCUCCAUUCACUUAGUAAGUUCUGUCCAAACCAUCUAUGAAAUUUGAGUAAAUGGAUUUCAAGCGGUCACGAGGGACCACUUCCUCUCCAGGUGUCACUUUGCACUACUUCAUAUCCAUCUGUAGUACAUUUUCAUAGACAAAUGUAAUGCAAGAUGGGUAGGUUAGCCCACUUGAAUUAUAUUUAUGGUAGCAACAACAAAGCUCAUUUGAUACUAGGUUAUUCAUAUUGUAUCUGUAGUUCACUAAUUUUAAUGCAAAAGAUUAAAAUCAAUAAAAUUUAAGUACUGCAUACCAAGUAAAACAUGUUGGCAGUCCUUUGAACUGAUUGUUUGGCACACUGUGCUGUCUGCCAAUUAUUUUUUCCAAUUUGAUGUUUUGAAUAAGGUGACCUCAUCUAUUUACUUUGAAUUAAAUUACAAGUGAAACAAAUCAAUAAGCAAUAAUUUUACAUUUUAUUCUCCAAGAAAAAUGAGCAGGGACCAAUGGAAACUUAAGAUACAUUCUGCCUUACAUGUAUGAUUAGUACAAGUAUAUGGAAAUAUUUUCCAUAAAUCAUGUGAUUUGCAGAUUUCAUAUUUGAGAUGUCAUUGUUUGUUGCCUUUUUCAAAAACUAUUUAAUUGACUCAUGUGUGCAGGGCCUCAACGGACUUCUGUUUGUAAGGACUAUCAUUCUUUCAUUUAGAAGUCAAUUUAGUGGUAAAGUGUGUUGUAACCUAAAGAUUUUGUAAGUCCAAGACACUUAAACUGCUUUAUCAAUAUGCUGGUAGUGACAAAAUUCUAGUUUCAUAAUGUUUUAAAAUAAAUUUGGUUAGGACAUGUUAAUACUUUUUCUUAAAAGAAAGCCAGUUAAUGUAACCAUAAUAGCCUUCAUAGUUGUGCUACACCCAUUUCCCACUAGUCAAGCAGUUGGUUUAUAAAAGGGAGAUUUUAGAGCAGGCUGUUGCAGAAAUUAGCUCCCUGACCCGUAAUAUACUUCUGUACCAUUUCCUGUUCAGGGUAUUUUUGCCUCAUGUUUUGCUUUCACAUUAUCCUUGUUCCCUGUUUGUUUUAAAUUCUUAUUGUAUAAUUUAAAAGUUGGCCUCCAGAACCUAGCAAGCCUAGAGUUUAAAGUUGUAGUCAAUUAUUGUGUACCUGCUGCAAACUAGAAACCAGAUAAAUGAAGCCUCAUCUAAUGUCACUUACCAAUUUUAAGCACUGAAUGUUACAAUGCCAACAAAUUCCAGGUUGGUUGUAGGUAAAUGCAAACCACCUAAUUUCUACCAAGUUUAAAUAUGAAGCCUGGAAAGUAAUGAAUAGAGUCAAAGCUCAUAGGUAUAUAUUAACAUUUGAGAGAUUUGUUUGGGACCCCUCAUUCUCUAUUUUGUAAAUCUUCAGAAGAAUCCUAAUGCUUCAUAAAUCAAGGAUAAAAUGAAAGUAUCAAAACCCAAAUCCUGUACAUUAAAGGAUAAUUAACAAAA